AUGCGACGUUCAAAAUUACCUGCCUUAAGGCCGGCUAAAGUCCCGGCAAAAGCGAAAAAACAAGCUGCGCCGAAAGCAGAGCUUGACCUCUCAGUUGACAAGAGUAUUUCGCUUUCGACGCUUAGAUCAACUGAUGGAAUUGAAGCAGUGAUAAAACCGAGCAAGCCAUUACUCGAAUGUCCACCAAAAGAUCAACAAAAAUUAUUACUCGAGAAAUGUCAUGAGUGUUGUGUGAUUUGUGACUUUUCUUCAGCGAAUGCAGAUGCAAAAGCAAAACAAACUAAAGCAACAUUACUAAAACACAUUGCCGCGGCAUUCACAAUUCCUCAUCUAGUCAGAUCGAUGCAAACCGAUACAAUUAAUGAAUUUUUGAAUAUGUUAUCCGUAAAUUUAUUUCGUCCAUUUCCCACAAUACCAUCAGUAUCGCCAAUAGAUGCUCACGACUCAUUGUCUGAUGCAUCUUGGCCUCACUUAUCUCUUGUUUAUGACUCUUUAUUAGCAUCUCUUAAUUGCCCUUUAAUUCAGAACUCUAUAACCACAUCCUUUUUAUACAAAUUAAUAGGCAACUGCGUUUCGCCAGACGAUCGCGAAAAAGCUGUUGUUCGAGAUAUUCUUCACGCAUUGUACACGAAAUUCAUUCAUCUGCGAGAAAUAGUUAGAUCAAAUAUAGCGUAUCAGUUUAGUAAUAAUAUCUGCUCAUCAGAAUUGAUGGAAUUCUUCUUGAGCAUCGUCAGCGGAUUCAAUGCUCCUUUAAAGCAAGACCAUGUUGAUUUUUACUAUAAAUACGUAUUACCUUUACAUUGCACUCAGAAAUACUCUUCAAUACAGCGUCCUUUCGUUCAAUGUACUGUAAAAUUUAUUCAAAAGUCGAUUUUACUAUUUACACCAACAGUUAUGUACAUUGCUAAGCACUGGCCAUGUUCUGAUCGCAGGAAGCAAAUAGAUUUCUUAAACGAGCUUACAACUCUUCUUUCUACAUUUGAAUUAAAUGUUUCACCGAAAGUAGCCUCUACAAUAUUUAAAAUCGUUGGGGACUGUGUUGAAUCAGAGAAUACGGAUGUAUCUGAAGCCUCCGUGGACUUCCUGAUGAAUCCAGAACUCGCAUCUGUAAUUAGGACACAUUCUACAAUAGUUUUUCCAAUAGUCAUAGAGCCAAUAUAUAGAGCGGCCAAACACCAUUGGGAUGAGUGUACAAAGACUAACGCAUACGUUGUUUUACAGGUAUUAUCUGAAAUUGACAAUCAGACAUUCAAUAAAGCAAACGAUGCUCACAAGCUGAUGAAGGCCCAGAAAUCAGCUUCUUUCGCAGUGUUUAAGAAUAAUUGGACAAGAAUUUUCGAAAAUGCAAAAUCAGCAGAUAAAUCAAUGAUGUCGGCUAAUUUCGAUUGUGUUCGGGAUCGUUAG